CUCACUCCCUCUCUCUUUCUCUCACUUCACUUUCUCUGUGUCCGUUGGAACCAAACAGGUCCCUUCUCUCUCUCACUCUUUCCCUUCGCUCCUUUCUCUGUCACACACACAAAACACUACUCUCUGUGUCUCCACACUCCAUUUUUUCACUCUCAGAGUCACUGACCAAGAAACCCUCUACCUUGUUGUUUUUCUUAUUCUUGUUAAUUUGAGUGUAACAUGACCACAUUCUUAACUAAAAUCUUAUACUUUCAUUCAUGAAUCCCACCACCCAACCUCCACCGUCGUUGCCGCCACCGCCGUUGCCUCCGCCGCAGCUCCAGCCCCACCGCCCCUCCACCUCCUGCGACCGCCACCCUCAAGAGAACUUCACCGGCUUCUGCCCUUCAUGCCUCUGCGAGCGCCUCGCCGUGCUCGAUCCCAACUCCUCCUCCACCUCCUCCGCUGCCCGCAAGCCGCCAACUUCCUCCACUGCCGCCGCAGCCCUUAAGGCCAUCUUCCGCCCCUCCAUUGCAGCCCGCAACCGCCCUCCCCCCUCCUCCUUCCUCCCGGAGCUCCGCCGCACAAAAUCCUUCUCCGCCUCCAAAAACGAAGCCCUCUCCGGUUUCUUCGAACCACAGAGAAAAUCCUGCGACGUCCGCGGCCGCAGCACACUCUUCUCCCUCUUCAACCAAGAAGCCGCCGUCGCCGUCGAGGUCGAAACCCGCCACAACCUCCCUUCAUCUUCCGUCGUUCAGAAACCCGUCCUCGAGUCCGAAGAAGAAGAAGAAGAAGAAGAAGAAAACAACAACAUUGUCGUUCACAACGUGAACGACAGCAACAACAACACUAGGGUUCCAGACACCAGCGUUCCAGACUCACUACAACCACAACCAGAAGCAACCAAUAAUACCUUCACCGAAAACAGAGUUUCGGUUUCAGAAAUCGUAGAAGAGGAACCGGAGAUAGUACUCGAACCCGAAGCUGACGUGGCAGCUGCAGAAGAAGACACACUGAAGGCGACGAAGGACCACAUGGAUCUGGAUUCCUCCCAAACAAAGAAACCCUCCGGCGGCCGCGACUUGAAGGGCAGCUUCUGGUCCGCAGCUUCGGUCUUCAGCAAGAAGCUCCAGAAGUGGAGGCAGAAGCAGAAGAACAAAAAGCGCGAGCGAAACGGCGUCGUUGUGGGCUCCGGAACCCUCUUACCUGUCGAGAAACCGAUCUCGCGGCAAUUCCGCGAGACGCAGUCGGAGAUCGCCGACUACGGCUUCGGGCGCCGCUCCUGCGACACCGAUCCGCGGUUCUCGCUCGACGCUGCCCGAAUGUCGUUCGAUUUUGAAGAGCCGCGUGCUUCCUGGGACGGUUAUUUGAUGGCAAGGACGACAUCAUCGUUCGCGGCGGUUCCUCCGAGGAUGCCUACUAUGAUUGAAGACGCGCCUGCGCCGGUUCAGGUUCUCAGAACCGAUUCUCUUAUCCCCGUGGAGGAGCCGGAAUAUGAGGACACUCUCAUUCUCAAUCUCAAUCUUAAUCCUAAUCCUAAUCUCCCUGGUGGUUCUGCUCAGACGAAGGAGUAUUAUUCCGACUCUUCGCGCAGAAGGAAGAGUCUUGAUCGGUCUAGUUCUAUUAGGAGAACUGCUGCUGCUGUUGUUGCUGAAAUGGAUGAGUUGAAGGCUGUUGCAAAUGCUAGUGCUAAUGCUAAUGCUAAUGCUAAUGCGAGGGUUACUCCUGCUGCUUCUGCUGAUUAUGUGCAUAAUAAUAUUAAUAAUAAUCCUUUGAGGGACUCCAAUUUGAAUUCGAAUUCGAAUUCAAAUUUGUUGAGGGAUGAUGAGAAGGGGAGUUCUAAGAAGUCAUCGAGCCGGUGGAGGGCGUGGAGUAUAUGGGGAUUGAUACACCGGAGGGGAAGUAAGGAGGAGGAGGGUGGAGGGAACGGGAAUGGGAAUGGGGUGGAGAGGUCGUAUUCGGAGUCGUGGCAGGAGUAUAGAGGAGGAGGAGGAGGGGAGAAGAAUGGGGAUGUUAGGGGUGGUGGUUUUAAUCCUAAGUUGAUGAGGAGUAAUAGCAGUGUGAGUUGGAGGAAUGGGCAGAGUAUGAUAGGUGGUGGUGGUGGAGGGUUUGGGAAUGUGAGUAUGAGGAAGAGUGAUGUGCAAGGGAAUGAACUUGGACUUGGGCUUGGUGGAAGGAAGGGGAGGGAUGAGUUUGUUGGGUUGGAGAGGAACCGUAGUGCCAGGUAUUCCUCGCCGAACAGCAUCGAUAACAAUGGUCUCUUGAGGCUCUACUUGGGUGGCAGGAGAAACGGGUCCGGGAAAGGAAGGUCGAACCAGGCACAUUCUAUCGCCAGAAACGUACUUCGAUUGUAUUGAAAAAUUGAAGGUGUUCUAUGGUUUCAUGAUGUUAAUUAGUUAGUUAACCUAUGUAUUCUUGAUGGUUGGUUUACUUGGUUAAUUGGUUGGAGUUGGUUAAAAGAACCUGCAUAUCUUUUUUCUUUUUACAGUCAAUAGCAUGGUUCUUUCUUCAGUUACUCCUAAUAAUAAACAAGGAUUUUAAUUUUUAAACAUACAUGAUGAUAUUGUUAUA